UGGAGAGCUAUGAAAAAAUUUCCUGAAAGAUGUGUGCACAGAUCGGAUGAACUCUGUGAACUUUACCUUAAUUUCUUAAAGUAUGUGGCUGUAUGAAAUUAAUUUUUAUUUUGUUUUUAUUAAGUCCCGGAUUUUUUAAAAAAAAAAAAAAAGGAAAAGAUGAUAGGGUUUGCUUUUUAUUGUUUUUAAAUUUUUAAAAAAUUUUGUAGAUAAAUAAUAAAUGGCUACAAAAUUAUUGUAAUUAUAACUAUAGAAAUUUUUACCAGGACAGAAGAACUAGAUUGCUUUGCAUAUUGAAUGAAAUGUAAUUUAACUAUUUAAAAAUAAUAUUUCAGAAAUGAGUUCAGGAAUGCAGAUGAGGACACACGAGCUUAUCAAAGUAUACUG